AAAACGAUGAGUCGCCAUCACUUUGCUCUCUGAUUCCGGUGUACGCUAGUUCGUUGCUGUAGUUCACGUAUGGCGGAAGGUCUCGAAAUAUUAUGAGAGAUAACGGGCCGUAUGUGGAUUUUGAAGUUUACACACAUAUGCGCGAGCUUCAGGGACGUGGAGUCAUUCACUGGAGGUAAAUCUGGGUCGCCUCACCCGAAACACAUACGUCACGGGUUCUGAAGACUGGUGUGACACUCCGAGUUGUAAUCUCUGGUUCAAGGGACGCAGAUGCCUCCUCGAUGGAGAACCUGUAUCAACAAGCCCCUACACUGGUCAAGCCCUGUAGUCCAAGGGCUGAUUUUAUGUGUUUUAACUUUUGGAGUUAUAAUGCCUAUAUGUUGCCAUCGUUUACUGUACUCCUAUUAUUUUUUAAAGACAGUUUAUCUUGAUCCCUUGAGCGAUGCAGCACUACAGGAGAGCUACAACAAAGGCCAGGAAGCCCUGCGUUUCUGGGAGAGCGUGGAGUCCUCAGAAAGAGACCCGGUUGCUGAGAAACCAGAUCUCUUGGUCACUGUUGUGACCGCCAGGAGAAGCGAGGGGAGGGACUAUCACUACCUGCUACAGGUGACGCACCGGCUAAUGUCUCUCCUUAAAACGUGUGGUGAGAAAUCAUGCGCCGAGGUCAUAAUCUGUGAUGUCGAAAGCGGUCCCGUAAACGAGGAAGUCUUGCUUGUGGAAAAACAGUUCCGGGUUGUUCGACGUUCUCCAGGUGAGGACCACUACAGCGGGGAAGCGUCCAGCGUCUUCGAGAGGGAGAAAAGAGACUAUGUUUUUUGUCUGCGAAAAGGAUGGGAGGCUAUGAGGCCAAAAAACAUCGUCGUCCUGGAGGAUGAUGCACUGCCAAUGGCAGAUUUCUUUCUGUUGGUUAAAAACUUGCUGUUAAGGAAAUUCGCCCUCAACAGUUUGUACAUUAAGCUCUACCACCCGGAACGUCUACAGAGGUAUUGGAAUCCAGAGGUGUAUCGGAUACUGGAAUGGCUGGGAUUGGGCCUGUUUGUUGCUACUAUCCUUCUCAUCAUAUUGUCACACUAUACACCUCUCUCUUUUACCCUCUCUCCUCCUCAUCUUGUUUUCAUGACUCUUUAUGUAAUGGCUGUCGUUGAGCUGACAGGGAGACACUACCUCCUGGAGUUUAGACGCCUCUCGCCCCAGCUGUAUGCUGUGUCGCCCGCUACUGAAUGCUGCACCCCUGCUAUGCUCUUUCCAGGCAAUGCAUCACUUCGAGCAGCAGAGUACCUGGACCAGGUUGUCUGCGCUCAGGGUAAUGCCAAAGAUAUGGUGCUGUGGAAGAUAGCGAGAUCGACACCAGGAGAGAGGGCACAUAGUGUUGAACCCAAUUCUGUCACGCAUAUCGGAGCUUACUCCUCCAUCCGGAUCAACCCUGCUCGACCUAGAUUGAUUUGAUACCUAUUUUUACAAGUGUGAAAGUCAUUUUUAGGCACUAAAAUGCAUAUACCUCUAGCACAGAGUAUAUCUGACACUCUGACUUUCAUAUACUUUUUCAUUCGGAUACAAAGUUUUAACGGAAACAUGUUUGUAUUCUAUUUGAAUUUUAUAAAAGAACUUUGUGUCAUUGAGAAAAUGUUGUUAUGGUUAUUAUUUACAAUUUGCUGGAAUAACAAACACCUUCAAUUCUGAAUUUCACUCACGCUA